AUGUCGGACCAUCGCAGAAUGAUCAUCACCGGUGAUCUCGACUACGACGUUCGGGUAUGGGCAGCAAAGAAUAUUUUUAUCAACGGCUCAUGUCCGGAAAUCUACAAACCAUUGAUCGUUGGAGGCAUGAAUACCUUUUAUAUGUACGUCUUCCCAGUGCAGUUCUUCCUUGGCGUCAUUGGUAAUGCGCUGAACUUGUGCGUACUCCUCAGCAGACACAUGCGAAGCGAGGCAAACUACCUGCUCUCAGCGCUCGCUAUCGCUGAUAUAUUACUCUUUCUUACGAUGCUUCCAUCGGCACUGGGGGUUUGGCCUUCCUUCUACACCAAUGACUACUUCAGGAGAUUUUACUACCACUCGCACACUAUGCGUCACUGGUUCUCCAACGUCUUUUCCUGUAUGACAUGCUGGCUGAUUUUGGCAGUUUCGGUAGAGAGAUAUAUGGGCAUCUCUUCUCCGAUGCACAUUCGCUACGAGUGGCGGAAUUCUCGAGUUCUUUACCUGAUGCUCGCAGUGAUAGCGGGCAGUCUUUCGCUGACAGCAUUCCAUCAUUUCGAAUACAAAUAUGGCUACGCCAGCAUGUGUAAUGGAACGCUCACCUAUGCGAAACUUGUGCCUAUAGAGCGGCUUGUUCCGUUUAUCUCAACCGCUCAAGUACGAGUGGUUACGAUAUUGAAGACGCUACAAAUAAUCCUUGUAGUGAUUUUACCUCUUAUCGGUAUUGUCGUGCUCAAUCUAAGGAUCAUUGUUGUGCUGAGAAGAAGCAGUGUGCUCGUCACAAGAUCUUCUAAAAGCAGCACGGAUGAUCCAAACGAUGAAUUCCUCCGCGACACUGACUCUCGUCAAAGACGUGACCGAAAAGUGACCAUCACCGUGUUGGCCAUUAUUGCCUGCUUCUUCCUCACACAUACCCCCUCCACGGUUCCGUUCAUUUUGGAACUCAUUUCUCCAAUCAUGACUUCCACACAAAGAGAACACAUACGUCGACUUAUGCCAGAGCUCGGCCCCAUUGUGCACGGGUGGUUAUUAACUGGAAAGGUUAUGAAUUUCGUACUUUUCUGUAUGUCAUCGGUCUACUUCAGGCGGCGUCUCCGAGCGAUCAUGCGAAACAGGAUAGGAUGCGACACUAGCUUGAAAAAGUACUCUGGGAUAUCAAGCGGAUAUUCAGCUAGGUGGCAAGCUAUUCGAAUGAACACGUUGAUCUACAGGGAGAGUGCAGUCCGCCAAAGCAGCUUCGUUACGCAGCUGGAAUGA